AUGUCAGAAGCAGACCGUACUGCCAAAAUGCUUCGAGCUGUUCUACAAUCCAAUAAGAACGGAGUAGCCUUGCCCCUGCUACAAAGUGAAUAUAAAUCGUUGACCGGAGAGUGGAUCCCAUUCAAUCAGCUUGGCUAUCCCACGUUGGAGGAAUAUCUGAAAAGUAUACCAUCUGUCGUCAAAUUAACUGUUAGCUCUGGAGAGACCAUUUGCAUAGCUAUGACCUGCAAGGAAACUGAAGAUAUUGCUCAACUUGUGGCACGGCAAAGGGAUUCAAAAAAGAAAACUGGUCAAAAUGAUAAAUAUCAAAAGAAAAUAAAGGAGCCCGCUGCAUUGUUCAUGCCAAGAGGAGAACCAAAAAAAUCAUUGAGGAAACCAGAAUUUUAUGGUGAGGCUGAAAAAUACUACAGAAAGUCAGGGUUGAAGGAGAAAAACCGUUUUGGAAUUUCACCAUAUAUGGCACCCCCUGUUUUUGGACAUGAGGAUGCAAAAUGUUAUUCAGUACAAAGUAAUGUGUACAUGUUUCAACACAACAGGAAGAGCAUGGUCAACAAGUCUGGGCCAAACAAGGCCUUUCCUCAAGCAGCACAAGGAUACCUGCCCAAAAGAUUUUCUCAGGAUUCACAAGGUACAAUCAGAGAAAAUGUGUUUGAAGGCACUCUCCUGCCUCCUGGCUCUUCGAUGUACAAAAUAGAUGAGGUUCAGUACCGCAUUAAAGAACUGCUGAGCAUGCACAGUAAUGGAAUUUUGUUAACAGGGAUUCCACAACUCUACAAAGAGUAUUAUAAAGAGGAAUUGAAUAAAGACGUGCUUCAACACAUGUUACAUUGGCAUCAUAUUUGCAAGAGCGAGCUUGACAGAGUGUCAAAAGAAACAGUUGUGUGCAUACAUGUUACUCCAGUCAAAGCAAUGGGUUUUGUACCUCCAUCUAAUUUCCACAUUUGGUCUGAGCUCCUGGUGGAAAACCGAAAAUAUGGUGGUCAAAACAAUAUAUUCAUUCAUCCUGCUGAGAAAAUACCACAAUGGAAAGGUGGCAGAGAUCCUGAAAGACCAGUUCACCCUCAGACAUCAUCUCCAAAACCGAAUGACCAUCCAUCAGCCUUGGAAGAUGAUUUCAAAGAGAAAGUUGCACAGCUGCUAGCGAAAUAUUCAAAUGGUGUUUGGGCUUCUUCUCUCCCAGAAAUGUAUGAGGAGGCAUACAAAGUGAAAUUUCCUGAACAUGCCUUGCAAAGUCUCAACUCCCUGACUGACAUAUGCAUUGUAGACUGCACUACUGGCAACCCCCAGAAGGCCGUUCUUCAUUAUAAAGCAAUAAAAACCUCUCAGGACACUCAGAGUGCCUCCCUAACACUUGAAAACAGCAGCAACACUAUGGUUGUGAAGAGGACACAACAAGGAAGGAUGGGUCACAUGGUCUCCAAAAAUAUACCUGUUCCUCCUCUUGUGAUCCCAACAGACUCUUGCUCACCAGUACUGGUAGUUAAAUUGAACAACACAAAUGAAGUUCUUAUUAGGUAUAUAGGCAAAAACUAUUCAGCCUCUCAAGAGCUAAUGGAAAAUGAAAUGCAGGAAUUCUAUGGUAAAAAUAAAAUAAAGUCAAUGCCACAUCUCCAAAAUGGACAGCUGGUUGCCGUAAAUACCAAACAUGAUAAAUAUUUACGUGCCCAGAUAACUUCAAUCCACAAUUUCAGAGUAAAGAUAUACUAUGUUGACUUUGGUUUCGCUGACACUAUAGAUAAGUGCCAAAUAUACAUAUUGCACCCAAAGUUCUACUCACUUGCAUUCCAAGCUGCAAGAUGUAAACUAGCAGGGUUGGAACAUUUUAGUAAUCAUCCUGCCUUAUUGAAGAUGUUUGAGUCUCAAAUCUGUGGAAAGAUAGUAGUAGCAGAAAUAUUGGAAAAUGUUGAUAUUCCUCCUGUUGUCCUUUAUGAUACUUCAGGAGAGGAGGACGUCAAUAUCAAUGCUUUGUGUUUGAAGGAACUGUAUGACAAAACAUUGAAAUAUCCCCUUAAGGAAAAUCUUACAUAUGAAAAUGUAAGAGUGACCAACAUUAAUGCUGAUGGAAUACUAUUCCUCCAGGUGCCAUGUCAGGGCCUGUCAAAGCUUAAUACAAUUAUGAAUAAAUUGGAAAUUCAUCUCAAGGAUGAGAGGAUGUCAGCAAAGUACUUCAUUUCCCUCCCAUUUUGUGGAAAAAUCUGCUUGCUUGUUAACAAAAGGAAGAUGUACCGGGUGGAGAUAACAAAUACUCACAAGACACAAGCUGUUGAUGUUCACUUUCUGGAUACUGGCAAAGUUGCAUCUGUACUGGUGACAGAUCUCAGAGACAUUCCAGAAUUAUUUGUGCGAGAACUGAUUCAAAUACCACCCCAGGCCCUGAAGUGCUGUUUAUCAGAUAUUAAACUUACUAAUAAAAUGUGGACUGAAGAGGCUGUUACUUGGUUAAAAGAGAUGGUUUUGGAUCGCCCUGAUAUUAGAAUUAAGGUGAUGAAACUGGAUGAACCCAAAGGAAUUAUUCACAUCUACCUAUUUGUGUCUAAACUUUCCGUAAAAUUUCAAGGUAGUAUUAAAUGUCAAGUGAUAGCAGAAGACAUAUGGAAACAUCAAUGUGAUUCAUCUUUGGGCGUAACAUCAAGUGAAAAUAUUGCUAAGAAUGACCAAAGUGACAAUUCCACUAAAUCUGGCCUGGCUUCUCGUCCAAAUCUACCUGAUCCAGUCAUAAUGCCUGUUUCAAACCCCCAAAUGAAAUCAUCGGCUGUGCAUCUGCCACCUUGCAUAUCUUUGCCAAAGCCUGGUGAAUAUGUGGAUAUCUUCAUUUCAGUGGCCUGCCAUCCUGGCCAUUUUGUUAUCCAACUUUUGAAAGAGGUACCUAAGCUGAAGGCUUUGAUGGAAGAAAUGAUUCAGUUUUACAGCAAGACAGGAGAAAUAAGCAUACAAUUUGAACAAGGUGCUUUGUAUGCUGCCCAAGUGAGAAAUAAGUGGUACAGAGUGAUAUUAAAGAGAUAUAUGAAAAAUGAGCUAAUAUCUGUAUACGAGUUGGACUACGGUAAACAUGAACUGGUCAGCAUCAGAAAAGUGCAGCCUCUUAUAAAUAAAUUCCGAGAGCUGCCAUUUCAAGCUAUCACCGCUCAGCUAGCAGGAGUGAAACAUGAUAAAUGGACUGAAGAGACUUCAGUAUUGUUUCGAUGUCAUGUUGAGAAUAAAUCUAUGUCAGCACUGGUGGAGGUAUCAGAUGAAAGCAAAACUUCUUUAGAACAAAAAUUAGUGGUAUUCCUAAUAGAGAGAUCACAAUCAGGUGAUGAGAUCUGGAUUCAUGACUUGAUGUUAGAAAGUGAUAGAGAAACUAAAAAAGCUCGCAAACCAUGAAAACUAAGUUCAGCAGCUAAAAGGAGCUGGAAAUGUGGUCAUACAACAAGGUUCAGGUUUUAGAAAAAAGAAAAUGACUGAUUUUCUAGUUCGUUUUAGAAAGUUUUACAUGACUUCUUUGCUUUGUUAAUUAUAGCCAUUUUAGAAUGAUACUGUAGAAAAAUAAAGGGUUGUUUCUCAAAAUUAAAAAAA